AUGUAUCAUUUUGAACAUUUCACUUCUGAGACUCUGCUGUUUGAUAAGCCUUUCUGGGAAACGCACAUUUUGCCCCUUGCUCUACAGCAUGAGUAUCUGAUGCACGCUAUCAUGACUAUCAGCGCAUCCCACCUCCUGUAUCUGCAGCCCAGAGUCCGUGAGCACAAUAAAGCAGCAGCACUACACCUAGAUAGCGCAUUAUCGGGGUUCAGAGCAAGUUUAAGUGGCCUAUAUCUACCGCAGGCACAAUAUGAUGUCGUGAUCGCAUGCGGUUUCGUCCUCCUCUACUAUGCCUGGUCGGUGCCAUUCUUCAAUACAUCUGAUGAAGACUCGACAACGAUCGAAUCGGAUGGCCUAUUGUGGUUUGCAGCCGGCAUCAAGACUGUCAUUGUAACUAUAUACAAUUUGAAACCCAACGACAGUAUGUUCCAGGCAUACUUUGAAGCAGAACCCGUCAAGUCCUUCUACGAGUGGUCCGAACAGACCAACUUUUCGUACGACUUUGGGCAAAAGUUUCUCGACCAGUCGCAGGCUCCAGUUAGACAUCCGGGCCUUGCCUGCGUUUCUGGCUGCGGAAGUGUCAAUGCCGCGGAGCGGCUCGGCCCUGUCUUCCAUGCACUGGAUGCCAUCAGGCAAGGCGAAGACCUCUCUGUGAUAAUGCCGGCUGUCAUGACAUAUAUGCUUAUGUGGCCCUCCAAAGCCAUGCAAGACUUCCAAGAAGAGAUCAAAAGGGGAGAUCACAGGGCGUUGGUUACCAUGCUUAGUUUUUACGCGAGCAGUUGGACACUCCUAUCAGGGAGGACUUGGUGGGCAUAUCAUCGCUCAAAAGUCAUGUGCACUCAAAUCUUGGGCCGUCUUAACACCAAGGGGCCGAGCGUCUGGGAUCAAAAUAUUCUGAACAUAACGGAAUACUUUGGAUUCAAUAAAAACGUAGACGGGGCUUGGGAGAUCAAGGGCUCAAAUCAAAUCAUGUGGCCAGCUUAG